AUGCGCGGCACUCUUCCAUUUGAUAUGCUCGACUUACACAAACGCUACGGCGAUAUUGUUCGAAUUGCCCCGGAUGAACUCGCCUUCUCCCACCCUGAUGCUUGGAAAGAGAUAAUGGGACACAAGAAGGGAGAGCAAGAGUUCAGCAAAGCAGCGUGGUUCUAUCAACCGGUAGAAGGGCUACCCAGACAUAUUGUCAAUGAAGAGAGAGAAGAGCAUGGCCGCCUGCGCCGACAAAUGGCUCAUGGAUUUUCCGAAAAAUCAAUGCGAUCUCAGGAGCCUCUGAUACGGGGUUACGUGGAUUUUCUUCUUCAGAGACUCCGUGAAUUCUCUCAAGAUGGAAGUUCGGUCGUAAUCUCAGAUUGGUAUAAUUAUACAACCUUUGAUAUUAUCGGAGAUCUGGCCUUCGGUGAGCCGUUUGGCUGCCUGGAAGGCUCAAAUUAUGACACUUGGAUCAAAAGUAUCUUUAAAUCAGGACAGAUGGGUACAAUCUUGCAGUCACUAUCGUUCUUCCCUUCAAUCAAGAAAGCUUUGCUGUCGGUAGUCCCAAAGUCGAUGCGUGAGGCUCAAGAACAGCACAAACGCCUCACCAAGGCUAAGAUGCUACGAAGAAUGGAACGCACGGAGGAGAGGGACGAUUUGAUCGAAGGUCUACUCAAGAAGAGAGAUGAAUUGAAUCUGACUGCUGAAAAGUUGGUUGCAAAUGCCGAGAUUUUAAUUAUCGGUGGUUCGGAAACGACGGCUUCUUUGCUAAGUGGCGUAACUUACCUGCUUCUCACAAAUCAGGAUGCAUACGAAAAAUUGAAAGAUGAAGUGCGAAAUGCUUUCCAAUCUCAGGAUGAGAUCAACUUGAUCUCAGUCGCCCAGCUUCCAUAUCUUCAGGCGUGUCUGGAGGAAGGACUACGCAUGUACCCCCCUGUCGCCAAUGGACUGCCGCGGGUUUGCCCUUCUGGCGGAGCGACAAUACUGGGGAAUUUUAUACCAGAAAAUACAUAUGUCUCCAUUCAUCAAUGGGCCCUCUAUCGACGUGAAGAAUAUUUCAAGGAAGCAAAUGCCUAUCAUCCCGAAAGAUUUCUGGGCCACCCAGAGUUCAAGGAUGACAGAAGUGACGUGCUCCAGCCCUUCCAUGUUGGGCCUAGAAAUUGCCUAGGGCGAAACCUCGCGUAUAGUGAGAUGCGUCUGAUCGUUGCCCUGCUUAUCUUCGAGUUUGAUAUUCGGAUCUCCGAGGGAUCUGAUGAUUGGAUGCUGCAGAAGAACUUUCUUAUGUGGCAGAAACACCCUCUUCGGGUUUACUUGCAACCUGCCGUCGACUAA